AUGACUACAAUUCCAAGAUUACCACCUCUCCCAGGUAUAAGAGAUAUGGUAAAACUGUAUAAAGUAUCAGCGAUGAAGCAGCUUUCACAAAAUUUCAUUUUAAAUGAAAAAUUAACAGAUAAAAUAGUAAAGAAAGCAGGAAAUCUUACUGGAGCUGAAGUAUUAGAAGUUGGUCCUGGUCCUGGUGGAUUAACUAGGUCAAUUAUAAGACAAUGUCCAGAAAAAUUAAUUGUUAUAGAAAAGGACAGAAGAUUCAAACCAAUACUACAGAUGUUAAGUGAUGCUUAUAGUACAGUUAAUGGUAAAAUGGAUAUUAUUUAUGGUGAUAUCAUGAGAACGAACUUGACUCCUUUAUUCUCGGAAAGUUUUAAAAAAUCUUGGGAAGACAAGAUGCCAAGAAUAUUCAUAAUUGGUAAUUUACCAUUUAAUGUGUCCACACCCUUAAUUAUUCAGUGGUUACACUCAAUCUCUGAAAGGAAUGGUCCUUGGGAAUUUGGAAGGUCUAGAAUGACAUUAACAUUUCAAAAAGAAGUUGCUGAGCGUUUAGUAGCUGAACCAUUAGAUGAUCAAAGAUGUAGAUUGUCUGUAAUGGCACAGGCUUGGACAAAGCCUGUGCUACACUUUAUAAUACAAGGUUCAGCUUUCGUUCCAAAACCAGAUGUUGAUGUUGGUGUGGUAUCAUUUAUACCUCUAGCUAAUCCACGUACAAAACAUGAAUUUAAAAUUUUUGAGCGUGUAACACGUCAUAUUUUUAGUUUUCGUCAGAAGUAUAGCGUACGAGGUAUUGAAACCUUGUUUCCACCAGAAUGUCGAAAAGAAUGUGGACAUAUGAUGUACAAACUUACCGAUUUGAAUCCUCAGACAAGGCCAAUGGAAUUGUCAGUGGAAGAUAUUGAUAAACUUGUUAGCGCAUAUAAAUACUUAAUAGAAAAACAUCCAGAAAUCGGCGUGUAUGAAUAUCGUGCAUCUCGAAAAAUAUUAAAAUUAUCCGAUACGAUCAAAAUAGACGUCGCAGAAUGUUCAACACUGUAA